UUCCCUCUAUAAAUGUAACCCGAAAGAUCAGGUUCUUUCCUGACAUAACACACACAACGAUCGAUGGCAGUUCAAGCCACCACUUCAACAGCGCCAUCAUCACCGCCGGCAGCCUUUCACUACUCACCAUGGCACUCACCGGUACCGUAUCUCUUCGGAGGCCUUGCUGCCAUGCUGGGUCUCAUUGCUUUCGCUCUCAUGAUUCUCGCCUGCUCUUACUGGAAACUCUCCGCCGAACUGGAGAACAGCGAGGACGUUGACAGAGAUCUAGAGUCCGGUAACUCAGACGGCGAUUCUAAACCGGAGAAUUACAAGGUACCGCCUGUUUUUGAAGAGAAAUAUCUUGUAAUCAUGGCCGGACAGGAGAACCCGACGUUUCUGGCAACACCCGUUUCGAGUAGAGCUACGUCGUUUGGUAGCAGUAGUUGCCGGAGCAGUUCAACGGAGAAUACGUCGACGUCGGAGAUGGAAAUGAUGGAGGAGAAGGAGAAACAGGGGAGGAGUACUGAGGAGGUAGAAGUGGGUAUCAUUGGGAAUCAUGAGUCCUCAGAUCAGGCCUCUUGAAAAAUAUCUCGACCUUUCAUUCUCUGGUUUGUAAGGAAGUUCCGGUGAAGGUUACUGUAGGUGAACAAAAAGAGACACUCGGAGUUCCCUUGUUUAAGUGCCGGAAAUCAGGAAAUGUACAUAAUAUUUUGGGAGAAUGCAAAAAAGUGUUUUCCUUCGUUCA